GUUAGGUUGCGGCCGGGCGGCGGGCGGAGCUGGUCCCGUUGUGCAGCGGCUCGGCGCGGCCUGUAGUCCCGGGUCCGCCGCCCCGCGCCGCCCGCCCGCCAGCUAUGGAGCCCGGCCCCGACCGCCCCGCAGCCCCAGGCCCCGACGCCAUCCGCGAGGGCUGGUUCCGCGAGACGUGCAGCCUGUGGCCGGGCCAGGCCUUGUCACUGCAGGUGGAACAGCUGCUCCACCACCAGCGCUCGCGCUACCAGGACAUCCUUGUCUUCCGCAGUAAGACCUACGGCAAUGUGCUGGUGUUGGAUGGCGUCAUCCAGUGCACGGAGAGGGACGAGUUCUCCUACCAGGAGAUGAUCGCCAACCUGCCCCUCUGCAGCCAUCCCAGGCCGCGGAAGGUGCUGAUCAUUGGGGGAGGAGACGGAGGCGUCCUGCGCGAGGUAGUAAAGCACCCCUCCGUGGAGUCGGUGGUCCAGUGCGAGAUUGACGAGGAUGUCAUUCACGUCUCUAAGAAAUUCCUGCCAGGGAUGGCCGUUGGCUACUCCAGCCCAAAGCUGACCCUCCACGUGGGUGACGGCUUCGAGUUCAUGAAGCAAAACCAGGAUGCCUUCGAUGUCAUCAUCACCGACUCUUCGGAUCCGAUGGGCCCUGCUGAGAGCCUCUUCAAAGAGUCCUACUACCAGCUCAUGAAGACAGCACUCAAGGAGGAUGGUGUACUCUGUUGCCAGGGGGAGUGCCAGUGGCUGCACUUGGACCUAAUCAAGCAGAUGCGGCAGUUCUGCAAGGCACUCUUCCCUGUGGUGGGUUACGCCUAUUGUACCAUCCCCACCUACCCUGGCGGGCAGAUCGGCUUCAUGCUGUGCAGCAAGAACCCGAGCACCAACUUCGCGGAGCCCGUGCAGCAGCUAACGCAGAAGCAGGUGGAGCAGAUGCAGCUUAAGUACUACAACUCGGACGUACAUCGCGCCGCCUUCGUGCUGCCCGAGUUUGCCCGCAAGGCCCUGAAUGACAUCAGCUGAUCCCAGGUGCUUCUCUCCAGACCCCCAGGACCUCGGACCCAGAGCCUUCAGGGUGCCUGAGCCCGCCAGCCCUGGGCCUCGCCCUUCCCGGUCUCACCCACUCACCAAGUGCUGCCCAGCCAGCUCUGUUGGGUGGGUGGGCUCUGGGUGUGUGUCCAUGCAAGCCUCGCCAGCUGUGUACAGCACCACCUCUGCCUUCUGGUACCCCCACCAAGCACGAGUAUUUAUAGCAAAACCACGA